GAAUAAACCAAAACAAUAAGAAAGCAGAACCCUACCCACAAAGUUACACUUUCUUUGAACUUCACCUCACCUCACAUCAAAUCCAACUAAACCUACCUCCAGAACAACCGUAACCACCAGACAAAAUGCGUGCCUCCAUCCUCGCCUCCGCUGCGACUCUCCUCGUCGCCACACAAGCCCGCAUCGUCGGCUUCUACGCACCAAACACCGCAGCACCAGGCACCAAAGUCAGACUCGAAAUCCAAACCGAAAACUUCUCCCAAUCAAUCGAAGAUGUCGCCAUGUCUUUCGGUUUGACCACAGGAAACGGUGCCACCCUCGGCUCCCUCGGCCAGCUCAUCAGCACCAAGAUCCUGGGCGCAGAUCUCUCCAACACCUUGGAGAACAUCACACACAUCAUUGAGAUUCCCGCCGAUGCGACUCCGGGUCCAGCUAUUAUUCAAGGCGCACACUUCUCGUUGACUGGUGCUGUGUAUAGCCCGCUGGUUGAAGUUUAUUACGCCAAUAUCACUAUUGGUCAGGGUAACAAUUUCCCUCUUGUGCAGAGCGCGAGAAUCCCGCAGGUCGACAACUAGAUGGUGCGACUGAGGAGCUUAGGCAUGCAUGAUUUGAGCGUUUGUGCUGGAAAUGCUUGUAUAUAUUUGAACAUUUUGUCGGCAGACUUGAAGGGCAGGGCCAAUGAUUGAGGAGUUAUGCAUCAUGUAGCAAUGCAAUUUCCUCUCGAGAUGUCGAGGUCUUGCGAGCGACUAUGGCGUAUUUCAGCGCACCAAAUUUUUUUUGCAGACGGCGACAAAAUGGCACUUGGAGAAUCGUGCAAGCAGACCGGGGGUAAACUUUGUAGAGGUGAUUGGAUGCCCAAUCGUAGAUGUUCAUACCGCAAUGAGCCACAUUCAGCUCGUGGCGGAAUCGAUCAUGCUGUUCACAGUCACUCGCGACCCAGCACAUGUCAGUGACCAACUCCUCGUGCAUACAGCACCUGAGCAUUGACUAAAGAUCAAGUCACAUUCUUCUAUCGUGACAGUGCCUCUUAUCUAGCUUGCUGCGAGCGCCAUGCCAUCCAAGAUUCCGGCCGAGUCAUGCCAUGAGGCAGAAGCGUAUUCCUCGAUCGUUGGGCUCUACAAUGUAGAU